AUGUACAAUAGUAAUGAAAAGGUACCAAACCCUUACCAGCGCAUACCACAAGGUAUUGUGCAGGCAGGCGGCCAACAACGUGUACAACCGCAGCAGCAACCACAACAGGGAUUUAGUGGUAGAUCUCUCUGGCAGAAUCAAGGAAGUCAUCAAUUCAAUCAACAGCAAUCUUCAGUUCUUGGUAUGAAAAGUACUAGUGGCAGAAAUGUCCACGGUAAGCAACCCAUGCUGAUGGCCAAUAACGAUGUAUUCUCAAUAGGACCCUAUAAAGCAAGAAAGGAUAGUACUAGAGUGUCGGUUUUGGAUAAAUAUGAAAUCAUUGGAUAUAUUGCGGCAGGUACUUAUGGUAAAGUUUACAAGGCUAGAAGGCGAGCAAUUUCUAAAGAUGAUGAUACUAGCAUCGAUCCUGUUAACACUGAAAUGAACGGUAGCGAUCUUGGUGGAUUACAGACUAGACAGUCUAUGUUGGCUGAAUCUAAUAGUCAUCCGGAUGCUGAAAUUGUGAAUCGGUCUGUUCGUACCUCAGAAUCAGAGAUUAAUGGAUUGAGAACAUCAGAUUCAGGAAUAUUGAGCGCCAACAAUACACAUUCCCCUAUUGGAACCCAUGGUUCCAAUGGUACAUUAACACCAAAAGGUGCCAUUUUCAGGAAAAAAGCUUCACCGGUUUAUUAUGCUAUCAAGAAGUUCAAAACGGAAAGAGAUGGUGUGGAGCAAACUCAUUACACUGGUAUUUCUCAAAGUGCAUGUAGAGAAAUGGCAUUAUGUCGAGAAUUGGAUAAUAAGCAUUUGACACAAUUGACAGAAAUAUUUUUGGAGAGAAAAAGCAUUUACAUGGUUUACGAAUUUGCAGAACAUGAUCUUCUACAAAUUAUUCAUUUCCACUCACAUCCUGAGAAGCGAAUGAUUCCACAGAAAAUGAUUGGAUCAAUCAUGUGGCAGAUAUUAGACGGUGUCUCAUAUUUACAUCAAAAUUGGAUUUUACACAGAGAUUUAAAACCAGCCAAUAUUAUGGUCACUGUAGAUGGGUGUGUCAAAGUUGGUGAUUUAGGGUUGGCAAGGAAAUUUUACAAUAUGCUACAGACACUGUAUACGGGGGAUAAGGUCGUCGUAACCAUUUGGUACAGAGCUCCUGAACUCCUUUUAGGCGCUAGGCAUUAUACACCAGCGAUCGACCUUUGGGCUGUAGGAUGUAUAUUUGCAGAACUAAUUGGAUUACAACCUAUCUUCAAAGGUGAAGAGGCAAAGAUGGAUUCUAAGAAAAGUGUCCCAUUUCAGUCGAAUCAACUACAAAGAAUACUGGAGGUUCUCGGAAGUCCCAAUCAAAAGAAUUGGCCAAAUAUUCAUAAGUAUCCGGAAUACGAACAGUUGGGUAAGUUUCCCAAAUAUCGAGACAACCUUGCCACUUGGUAUCACUCUGCUGGCGGAAGAGAUAAGAAUGCUCUAGAUUUACUCUACAAAUUAUUGAUUUACGAUCCUACUCAAAGGAUUGACGCUAUUAACGCAUUAGAUCAUGAGUAUUUUACCAGUGGAGAAUUCCCCGUGUGCGAGAAUGUUUUCGAAGGUCUGAAUUACAAAUAUCCUGCUAGAAGAAUUCAUACUAAUGAUAACGACAUUACGAACUUGGGUAUUCAUAGGAAUAAAGGCAUUAGUUCACAACAACCUGCUGUUGUUAACAACUCUUCUACCGCCGCCUUGGGAGGAUUGGGCGUCAACAGACGUAUCCUGGCAGCCGCAGCUGCAGCCGCAGCUGCAGUUUCUGGAAACAAUCCAUCAGGACAGCCUGCUUCUCGUAGCGGUGAACCAAACAGAAAGAAGAGAAGGUGA